GUGACUUUAAUUAACCGAUGAUUAUUUUCAACAAACCACAAAGACAUUGGAACCCUAUACUUAAUCUUCGGAGCAUGAGCCGGCAUAAUCGGCACUGCCCUCAGCCUUCUUAUUCGCGCAGAACUUGGUCAACCAGGGACCCUCCUAGGAGAUGAUCAAAUCUACAACGUAAUCGUCACCGCCCAUGCCUUCGUCAUAAUCUUCUUUAUAGUUAUACCAAUUAUGAUCGGAGGUUUCGGAAACUGACUUGUUCCACUUAUACUCGGCGCCCCCGACAUAGCAUUCCCACGCAUAAAUAACAUGAGCUUCUGGCUACUCCCUCCAUCCUUUCUUCUCCUACUAGCCUCUUCCACCGUAGAAGCUGGAGCAGGCACAGGCUGAACUGUAUACCCACCACUCGCUGGUAACCUCGCCCACGCCGGACCCUCAGUAGACCUAGCUAUUUUCUCACUCCACUUAGCAGGAAUUUCAUCCAUCCUAGGAGCCAUUAACUUCAUCACAACCGCCAUUAACAUAAAACCCCCCACACUCUCCCAAUACCAAACACCCCUAUUUGUAUGAUCAGUCCUAAUCACUGCCGUCCUCCUACUUCUCUCACUCCCAGUACUCGCUGCAGGCAUCACUAUACUGCUCACUGACCGAAACCUAAACACCACAUUCUUUGACCCAGCUGGAGGAGGAGAUCCUAUCCUUUACCAACAUCUUUUCUGAUUCUUUGGCCACCCGGAAGUAUACAUCCUCAUUCUCCCAGGAUUUGGAGUUAUCUCCCACGUAGUCACAUACUACGCAGGUAAAAAGGAACCCUUCGGCUACAUGGGAAUAGUAUGAGCCAUAUUAUCAAUCGGAUUCCUGGGCUUCAUCGUAUGAGCCCACCACAUAUUCACAGUAGGAAUAGACGUAGACACCCGCGCAUACUUCACAUCUGCAACCAUAAUCAUCGCCAUUCCAACCGGCAUCAAAGUAUUCAGUUGACUAGCCACACUGCAUGGAGGUACUAUCAAAUGGGAUCCCCCAAUACUAUGGGCCCUCGGCUUUAUCUUCCUAUUUACUGUUGGAGGCCUAACAGGAAUCGUACUAGCAAAUUCAUCACUGGACAUUGCACUGCACGACACCUACUACGUGGUAGCCCACUUCCACUAUGUCUUAUCCAUAGGAGCCGUAUUUGCAAUUCUAGCAGGAUUUACACACUGAUUUCCACUAUUUACGGGAUUUACCUUACAUCCGACAUGAGCCAAAACCCACUUCGGGGUAAUAUUUAUUGGAGUAAACCUAACCUUCUUUCCCCAACACUUCCUAGGACUAGCAGGAAUACCCCGCCGAUACUCAGACUACCCAGACGCUUACACACUGUGAAACACCAUAUCCUCAAUUGGCUCCCUAAUCUCAUUAACCGCCGUUAUCAUACUAAUAUUCAUCAUCUGAGAAGCUUUCGCAUCAAAACGAAAAGUUAUGCAACCAGAGCUUACUACAACUAAUAUCGAAUGAAUUCACGGCUGCCCCCCUCCUUAUCACACCUUCGAAGAACCAGCCUUCGUUCAAGUCCAAGAAAGG